GGCUAAUAUCUAUCAAAAGCCUCGAGCUGCUGGAGAAAGAACAUCUGAUCUCCCACCUACACCACUCUCUGAAGCAGUGGCCUCUAGAGGAACUGCAGCAGAGCAGACUUCAGCACCGUGGUGUUUCUUCUUCUUCUCUCCCUGUUCACUGCACCUGUUUUAUCACCUGGUUUUACUCCUAAAAAAGUCAAACCAGACCAGCAAUGGUUAACCCGCGACCUGCUACUAACAAGCCCCACGUCUGCCUCACGGCAGUCCUGAUCAUGGCCAGCCUGGCGCUCAUGGACGCCUACCUGGUGGAGCAGAAUCCAGGUUCCAGGACGAUUGGCAUGUGUGUCACCGUGCUGGCAGGCGAUGCAUGUUUCCUCAUUGUGCUUCGAUAUGUUGCUCUCUGGGCUGGGUCGGAGGUGCACACAGCCAGACGAGGCUACGCCAUGAUGCUCUGGUUCUUUUACAUCUUCAUCCUGGAGAUCAAGGUCUACUUUGUUUAUCAGAACUACAAAUCUCAGGAUGUCGAAGCGAUGGACGCAGGUGCAUCCAGGACAGCUCUUACGUUGCUGUUGUCUGUCUGCAUGCCCAUCGUGUUCAUAACACUGGCAGCGAUAGAUCAUUUGGAGUAUUUGAGGCCAUAUAAGAAGAGAGAGGAGAUAAGGAGUCGUCUCUUCUGGGUGGUGUUGGACCUGCUGGAUGUUGUGGACGUUCAGGCCAACCUGUGGGAGCUUCAGGGGGAGGGGCUCCCCCUGUGGGUGGAAGGACUCAUGUUCUUCUACUGCUACAUCCUGUUGCUGGUGUUACCUUGUGUCUCCCUGAGCGAGAUCAGCAUGCAGGGCGUGAACAUCGUCCCGCACAAAAUGAUGCUCUACCCCAUCCUCAGUCUCGCCACCAUCAACAUCAUCACCCUCCUGAUUCGCGGGGGAAACCUGCUAGUUUAUGGCGACAUCAGAGUCUCAGGGAUUAUGAUGGGAAAGAAUGUGAUCGCCAUAGUGGUGAAGAGCUGCAGUCUGGUGCAGUACAGAAAACACCGGCUGGCUUCUCCUCCUGCAGAUCGAGGCACUGACAUGCAGAAGAACUCCCUGGGUGAUGUCCAUAUAUUCAAGACCCAGUCUUUGCCGGUGCUGCCCAGAGUUGUGAUCGAGGACUUCACCUCCACACCAGAGGAGGAGGAGGAGGAAUGCAAUGACAGCAAGCAAACAUGAGCAAGGACAAGAUAAAGCCAGGGGGAAAACAAAUAACCCCAGGCCAAGUAAGACGGCUGCACCAAACCAAGAUACUUGAAACUCCUUCACUUGGGGGCACAACUCACUCUUAACUUGGAGUUGUCCACUGUUUACCACCAGAGAACCAUGGCCUCAGACCCUCAUCAACCCUGUCCAAGUCCAAGGGAAGAGGGGAAUGUACAAGAUGCAGGACUCCAACGCAACAUACCCGGGUUCACAUCCCACAUCCCGUGUGUUGUUGGGUUUAGGCAACAAAAGCACUUUGGUUAGGGUUAGUGAAAGAUCAUGAUGUGGCUUAAAUGACCACAGUCUUUCCCUAACCUUAACCAAGCGCUACCAGAGCCUAAACAUAACCAUAAAAACUUUAAUACUGUUGUAGGCUACUUUCCUCUAUCACAGAUAUUGUACUGCAAGAUCGGAUUUUUUGGUGGGAAAAAAAGAAGUAGGUAUGUCUGUGAACAUUUCACUCAUAUGUUUGGUGUCAACAUUUUUGCAAGUUGCCAAAUAUGUCAAUUAAUAACAUUUUCUCCUUAUGUUGAGAGAAACUUGAUUCAUUAUGCAUUACAUCUCUGGCAAAAUGUAUUUGCAGUUGCAAUUUUGUUGUAUAUGAAUGUAAUUUCUAGGAGACAUCUCAGAACGUGCUGAAAGUCACAGUCUGAUGAAGUCAACGCAAAGAUGAUAGUCAGAUACACAAAAUAAACUGUGUUCUUGUCUAGCCGACUGC